AUGAAUCUGCAUGGUCGUAACGUUUCCUUCCCAACAAUUCAAAUUAAUGGAUCUAUUGAACAAGGAAAGAACAAUAGCGAGCCAAAAAUCAAUGACCUCUACUUCAAAAAUAGAAGUAUCACAGCAAGUGCAACCACAAGUCAUGAAUUAGUGCAUCCACUGUUUACUCCUCUAUUAUUAUAUGCAUUCACGAGAAAGGAAUUUACUUGUACAUCAAAAUUAAGUAAACCCAGCACAGAUAAAACCCACUCCAAAUGGGAAAAAGUGGAUGACAUGAAGAUUGAAUAG